AUGAAAUCUCAGCCUCCUAAGGAUUCGCUUAAAUAUAACCAAGAUGUCGGAAAAAUGUUUGACCAAUACUUCGGGCACGAAUAUUCUGAACAGCAGUAUUGUGAAACGCUUUUGGAUGUUUUGAAAUCAUCGUACGAGUUUUCAACAGACGGACAUGCAGCAUUUGUGGAGCAGGUGUUAAAGAUUCGGGAGAAAAAGGCAACCGAGAAUGAAACUUACGACCAGCUCGAGACCCUUAUGCCAAAAUGUUUUAGAAUAUCAGAAGACGAAAGAACUGCCGACCUGACUUCACUCCUGGAAGGAGAGAAAUGUCACCUUGAAAAUUUCAAAUCGCCAUUGCUUAAGGAACAUGGUUUCUUGAAUUCCACUGAUCUUCAGUGUUAUCCAACAUCCUUACUAAAUCAUUUCAUGGAUCCAAAUAAGAGUCUAUCUAUCGAUUCUGAGAGCUCCAAACUAAUUCCAGGCAACUUACAGAGUGGGCCUAAUAUAAACGCAGUACCUGAACCAGUGAAGCCUCGGCCAACUGAAAAGUCGAACAAACCGCUCGGUUUACGCGAAACGGAAGAAGAGCUAGAUAGAGGUCUUCAAAGAUUAACGGAACCCUUAAAUUUCAUGCGAAAUCCGAGGUUUCCAAAUACUGGAAAACAAACAUUUCUCAUAAUGAAUGACUUGCAUGCCUUUGCUGUUGAGCCGAAAGAUAUCAUCUUUGAUUCUUUUGAAGCCGGUGAGACUUUUGAGAAAAAAAUAACCUUGCGUAAUGUGUCCAAACUCACUCGUGCACUCCGGGUCAUUCCACCAAAGUCAGAGUUCUUCAAAAUUAGUGAAGGUCAUUAUCCAGAGUCUGGAGACAACGCUGUCGCCCCGGGACUCUCCUGCUCCUUCACUGUCUUCUUCAAACCGACCCUGAAGCAAAUGUACUCAGACGAAUUUGAAGUUCAAUACGAGUCUCAACUUACACCACUUAUUAUACCUCUGAAGGGCCACAGAAAAAAAGAACAAAUAAAUUUUCCGCACGAAUGGGAUCUGGGCACUUGUCUGGUUGGUGCCUCUAAAAAACAGACGAGAAUCCUCCACAACUUUGCUAAAUGGUCAAACUACUUGCCAGAAUUUGUUAUAAAACCGGUUAACAAGUCUUCUGACAUGGACGUGGAAGUGUUUCAACUGACACCUACAACUUUUGAGCUUCCAACCAAAGGCAGCGUCAAUAUGUCUCUUGAAUUCACCCCCAACGCGACAGGACCCUUUGAAAGGACGUUUGAAGUUAAUGUCGCCGGUGAAAUGCUAUUGACAACGAUAACUUGUCGCGGUAAGGGCGAACGACUAGCCCUGUCAAUAGCCGAAGAAAACGAGAAGUCAGACACAGAGCCUUGUCUCCUGCGGAACUCUACUACACCUGAAGGCAAUAUUGUGGCGGUUUGCCGACUGAGCCCUCAGUGUCCCGGCUUUCGGUCGCAGCGUCGUUUUUCCAUCUCAAGUGAUAAUACCAUAGAUUUGGAGCUGCAAUGGGUUUCUGGCAGUAAGAUUGAUCAAUGCGAGGAGGAGGAUGAUAAGGCGGAAAAGGAACGAAGGUUUGGUGAGGCGAAUACUUCGAACUUGGAAUUUGUACUGAAACGAACCCUUCUCCCCGCCAAAUCAUCCGUUUCUGGCGGACUUAUUUUCGAGUCAACUGAGGUUAGUUAA